AGAGCGCGAGAGUAAGCAUCCCAGCGCAUCACAGCAUCCCGCCGUGCGGACUUUCUCUCGUUCAGGUGCGCGCGGCAAAUCACGCUUGAAACAGAAGCCGUGGAUUUGUGUUUGAAGACAGAGAGGGAAGUGCGUUUCACCACAUCUGAACUUGUCUCUUGUUUUGCUCAUGGGAUAGUUGAUGUUUGAUUUUUGAGCAGAACAGGUGCGUCUCUUAAAUGCGGAAUGACCGAACGGGACCGUUAACGCGCGCUUACCGCGGAUCACCUGAUUCAUCACCGACCACCGCAUUCCGCGCGCCCCGAUCUGCGGGGAAAGUUCAACGCAUACGUGAUCGAUUGCUGUGAAAUCAACAUUCCCCCAAAAACCCAGCUGUAUUGGAUUUUUCCCCACGACCAAAUGACUUCAAAUAGUCUUUACUGACCUACUCCUAAAAGCAUCAAUACGGAUAUCUUCACAUUAUUCUGGAAUCAGUUUUUCUUUUCCUUUCAGUACUUUCACGGAUUUGUCACUAUGCAUGGGAAACGAUAACCGAUUCUCCCCGUAAGAGCGAGCUCAGAAGCGAGGUUCGUGUUUGGCUACUGUUGAUCUACAAAUGUAAGGCUCUGUGUCGGCUCUGACAACACCAUAUGGAGACAACUGUUUGAAUUAAAGCAGUGGGGAACACGCAUGAACUGCUGUCAUGGAUUUAAGGGAUUUUUUCUUGCUGGCAACAUUGGUUGCAUGUUUCUGGUUAGAUCCGACCAUAGCCCAAGAGCUCAUUUAUCCUAUUCGUGAAGAGCUGCAGGAGAAUGUUCUUAUUGGAAACAUACCAAAGGACUUGAAUAUCUCCCAUAUGAACUCUGCUACUGGGACAAGCAGCAAUCUAGUUUACCGGCUCGUGUCAAAAGCAGGCGACAACCCGCUGCUGAGAGUGAUGAGCAAUACGGGAGAAAUCUUCACCACCUCUAACCGCAUAGACAGGGAAAAACUCUGUCCAGGACUGUCCUUUGAGGACAGCGAGUGCUCUUUUGAAAUCGAGGUGGUCAUAUUACCCAACGAUUAUUUCAGACUAAUCAAAAUAAAGAUCAUCGUCAAAGACACCAAUGACAACGCUCCCAUGUUCCCAUCCCCCGUCAUCAACAUCUCCAUUCCUGAAAACACGCUUAUCAACAGCCGCUUUGCCAUUCCCUCCGCCACCGACCCGGAUACAGGACCCAACAGCGUCCACAAGUACGAGCUGUUGAACGGGCAGAGCGCGUUCGGCUUGGACAUCGUGGAGACACAAGAGGGCGAGAAAUGGCCUCAGCUCAUAGUUCAGCAGAAUUUAGACAGAGAGCAGAAAGAUACAUACGUGAUGAAAGUUAAAGUGGAGGAUGGAGGGAGUCCGCAGAAAUCCAGCACUGCCAUUCUACAGGUGACCGUCACGGACGUCAAUGAUAACCGGCCCGUAUUCAAAGAGAGCCAAAUUGAGGUUCACAUACCUGAAAAUUCACCCAUUGGGACGUCAGUUGUUCAACUGCAAGCCACAGAUGCAGACGUCGGACCCAAUGCAGAAAUUAAAUACAUGUUUGGAGCCCAAGUGUCUCCGGCCACACGGAGGCUUUUUGCUUUGAACUCCACCACAGGGCUCAUAACCGUUCAAAGGCCGUUGGAUAGAGAGGAGACUGCCAUUCAUAAACUAACAGUGCUAGCCAGUGAUGGAAGUUCAAGUCCAGCUAGAGCCACCGUGACUAUCAAUGUGACUGACGUUAAUGACAACGCUCCGAACAUCGACCUGAGAUACAUCAUCAGUCCAACUAACGGUACUGUAAUGCUUUCUGAAAAAGAUCCAAUUAACACAAAAAUUGCUCUCAUAACUGUAUCUGACAAAGACAUGGAUGUCAACGGCAAAGUGAUUUGCUUUAUCGAAAAAGAUGUCCCUUUUCACCUCAAAGCUGUUUAUGACAACCAAUAUUUGUUGGAAACCUCUGCCCUGCUCGAUUAUGAAGGAACCAAGGAGUACAUCUUCAAGAUUGUGGCCUCUGACUCUGGAAAGCCCAGUUUAAACCAGACUGCCCUAGUCAGAGUCAGGCUGGAGGAUGAGAACGAUAAUCCGCCCAUUUUCACCCAGCCUGUCAUCGAGCUGGCUGUGAUGGAAAACAACCAACGUGACAUGUUCCUGACAAUCAUCAGCGCCACAGACGAGGACAGCGGGAGAAACGCAGAAAUCGUCUACCAGCUCGGACCCAACGCUUCUUUCUUCGACCUGGACCGCAAAACCGGGGUGCUGACCGCCUCGAGGGUGUUCGAUAGAGAGGAACAAGAGCGGUUCCUGUUUACGGUGACUGCUAGAGAUAAUGGCACCAGGGCUCUGCAGAGUCAGGCCGCAGUCAUAGUUACCAUACUGGACGAGAACGACAACAGCCCCAAGUUCACACACAACCACUUUCAGUUCUUUGUGUCUGAGAAUUUGCCUAAAUAUAGUACCGUAGGUGUUAUCACUGUCACAGAUGCUGAUGCCGGUGAGAACGCUGUGGUGAAACUCUCGAUACUCAACGAUAAUGAGAACUUCAUCCUUGACCCAGAUUCUGGAGUCAUAAAGUCCAACGUGUCCUUCGACCGCGAGCAGCAAAGCUCGUACACCUUUGACGUCAGAGCCGUGGACAAUGGCAGCCCCCCAUGCUCAUCGGCUGCCAAGGUGACCAUCAAUGUCAUUGACGUCAACGAUAACACCCCCAUUGUCAUCUACCCGCCAUCAAACACGUCUUUCAAACUGGUGCCCCUGUCUGCGAUCCCGGGGUCGGUCGUGGCUGAGGUUUUUGCAGUAGAUGGCGAUACGGGCAUGAACGCAGAGCUAAAGUACACCAUCGUGAGUGGCAACAACAGAGGUCUUUUCAGAAUUGACCCUGUAACUGGAAACAUCACGCUGGAGGAGAAACCAACCAUCGCAGACAUCGGCCUACAUCGGCUAGUGGUCAACAUCAGCGACCUCGGCUAUCCGAAGUCCCUGCACACCCUUGUCCUCGUUUUCCUUUUCGUCAAUGACACUGUUGGAAAUCAAUCGUACGUACACGAGCUCAUUCGACGGACGAUGGAAACGCCUCUGGAUAGAAACAUAGGCGAGAGCAGCGAGACCUAUCAGAACGUCGACAACCUAAAAACCAUCAUCGCCAUCGUUACGGGCGCCAUGGUGGUCAUCGUGGUCAUCUUCUUCACGGUUCUGGUCCGCUGCCGGCACGCCUCGCAGUUCAAGGCCGCCCAGAGGAAGAAGCAGGGCGCCGAGUGGAUGUCCCCCAACCAGGAGAACAAACAAAACAAAAAGAAGAAGCGCAAGAAGAGGAAGUCGCCAAAAAGCUCCCUCCUGAACUUUGUCACCAUCGAGGAGAACAAACCCGACGACCCGGCCCACGAACCCAUAAACGGAACCAUCAGCCUCCCCGCUGAGCUCGAGGAGCCCGGAAUCGGACGCUUUGACUGGAAUGCCACCCCUACUACCACUUUCAAACCCAGCAGCCCUGACUUGGCACGGCAUUACAAAUCGGCUUCGCCCCAGUCGGCCUUCCACCUAAAAGCCGACACGCCGGUGUCUGUGAAGAAACACCAUGUCAUACAGGAGCUGCCAUUGGACAACACCUUUGUUGGGGGCUGUGACACACUUUCCAAACGUUCGUCCACCAGCUCCGAUCACUUCAGUGCCUCUGAAUGCAGUUCACAAGGAGGCUUCAAGUCAAAGGGGGCACCUUUGCACACCAGACAGGGAACUCUUACCCGUGCCCGGACUGAACUGAACCCCGACUAUCUGGACCUUCGUUCUAGAGCCGAGCUGAACCCAGAGUACUGGACGCCCUGUACACCUCUGUCGCAACGGCGCGUCACGUUUCACCUGCCGGAUGGGUCUCAGGAAAGCUGCAGUGACAGUGGACUGGGGGACCAUGAGCCCGUGGGAAGCGGGCCGCUCCUCUCACAUCCUCUUCCUCUGGUGCAGGCGCAGGAUGAGUUCUACGAGCAGGCCUCGCCGGACAAGAGGACCGAAGCGGAUGGCAAUUCGGACCCCAACUCUGAUGGACCUCUAGGACCAAGAGGCCUAGUGGAGGCCACGGAGAUGUGCACCCAAGAGUGCCUGGUGCUGGGCCACUCCGACAACUGCUGGAUGCCACCCAGCCUGAGUUCCUACCCUUCGCCCAAGUCGCCCGUUUCCUCCUUCAACAACCAAAAAGAAUGGGCUAAAGAGAGAUUGCUCAACGGCCACACCCUUACCCGCAGCUGGAAGGGCGAGCGUGGAAGCCAAGAGCAGUUUGGGGACAGGAAGACCUUCGGGAGCUCGGAGGGACAUUUUGGCAGCGGCGGUCACAUGGCCGACAUCCCAUUGGCCAGUCUGAAAUCCUACCAGCCCGCCUCCGGCCCCGACAGUCCGAAAGAACAGCAGCUUUAAAAGCUUUUUAAUGGGGUUUGUUUUCGUUCUUCACCUCUUUCUGAUCACCCGAACAACUUUUGAGAGCUUUAGUCCAUUGGGUUCCAUCCUUUCUCUUGUUUUUCCUCCUUUUCUUAGGUCAAUGCUAAUGCGGUGUGAUAGUUUCGUGUAUGGAGUAGAUCGUAGACUUUAUUGCUUAUGCAGGACAGUAUACUAUGCCAAUCCGGCUUGCCGACGGCCCUUCCGCAGAGGUGCUCUUGCGCAAGUUCAUAGCUGCCCUAAAACUCCCGUGGUUUGCUGCAAAUUUACAUUCAGAGGAAACACUGUAUAGUUCGUCUUGGAUAGAGACUGCCAAAAAAUGUUCGAGAUUAACUGAACUGUGCUCUAUGUAUCACAGUUGUUGAAAAAACAAUAUUACGGCUGACCAAUAUAUACAAAUAUUGUGACGUGGUUGUUUUUUGAGCUGUUUUGGGACUAUAUUAAUCUACACCAUCCAAGAAAAAUGGAAUUUACACUUGAGAAAGCAUUGUGCUAAUAACUCUGUUAGUGGAAAUUUGUUUAGUCUGUCAUCGUUGAAGUGUUUGUAAAUAGGACUUAAUACUAACCGAUUUUAUGUACUUGUAAUAAUCACAUGGAAUAGAUCAGUGAUCACGACAGUUGUCUUUUAUCAUUCAUCGUACAGGAGACGUUGUUUUUAUCGGGCUUUUGUCAUUUACAUUUGUCUGCUGGAACAGAGGACUGCCGCCUGGAUCUGAAAAGCAAAAACGAACGAAAACACACGAUACACGCAAACACGCAGCCACACCCCCUCUGACGGAGAAAUCACGAAUCAGCGAAUCGUGGACGGUAAUGUCAGUCAGUUACGACAUUGCACAAUUGCCCAGUUUUUUGCAUUUACGAAAUCGACGAACCUGGCAAACUUAUUUUUUCAAAGAUAUUUUGUAUUAUCGAUGUAAAUGCUCAAUUUCUACUUACAUGAAAUGGAAAGCUUGAUGUCUUUUCCUUCAACAACAAAAAAAAGGAAACAAUUCAACAGCAAUAUAUUUGUAAAUUCUCAUCAUCUAAUUUAAAUAUGGCAUUAUUGUACACGUUUAAUUGAAAAUGUGCUUUAAUUGAGAGUAGUAUUUGCAAACUUUGAUUUUUGUUUUUUUUAUUAUUUUAUUCAUAAAAUAUCCUGUAUGCCCACGGUUUUUCAACAUGCAAUGAGAAGUGAGUGUAAUUUUAUGUCUGUGCCUUCAUGACAUACAGUAUACUAUGUAUUGUACCGAUCUAGAGGUUGUACGCUGACAAAAAUACAGCAGUCCCUAGUUACUGGAUACCAAUCACAAUACAUGUUUGUCAGGCCAAUGUACUCAGUCAUUCCAGGUAAAAAAAAAAAAUACUGUCCGGACUCGGAUAAAAGAAAAACACGGAACUUGGUCUAAAAGAGCAUGUGCGCAAUUUAAAGACUGAGGUUUUCCUUUCGUUCUGUUCUUUUAAAUGUUUGGGCCGUUUUUUAACCCUUCUUGUUAAAGUGGUAUGGCCGCCAGUUCAAACAACAAAAGCGCAUGUUUAAAGAGACGAAAUAGCUUUACGACGACUUACUUUAACUUUCUUUCGUUGCGUUUCAAACUGUUGAUUUGUAACACGUGAGGCCAUUCAUUUUGUAUAGCACCUUUCUUUUCACACAGUAUUUAAAGUACAAAAAAGGUUCUAAAAAACAAUAUGAAAAGACAAGAGUGAUGUCAGUUGCUUUUAGCAGUAUGUUCGUGGGUUGUGGGGAUGUUUGCCAUCAUAGAUAUUUAAACAGUUACUCCUUGUUACUGCUCUACAGGUAUAUCCAGCUACUGCAAUAAAUGUUUUCAAUAUGUGCAUUUCUGUGGCUUGUUUUCUACCUCGUUGGAGUUUCUUGUUCUGACACGCAA